AACCGGUGGUGUAGUAAACCGAGACGACGGCCGUGGGUUGGCAGGGGUAGAGGGAGCACAUACAGCGUGACAACAGGUUGAUUUACCCUCAAUCAGCAAACCGAAAAGUCAUGCCUACAAACCUCCCGCCCUAUUCGACACUCCAGGGAGACCCAAAGGUAAGGAAUUUCGAGGAACCAUCGUUUUUUCGCGUUUUGCUGCAUCACAGCUCAAACCUGCGAGGCCCGCGGAAGCUUGCAUACGAAUCAGUUGCCCCAGUAGCAUCACGCAACAGAACCAAACCUUUCCAGUGUCAUAGAAAAUAGUAUCGUAUUGUUGUGGAUGUGUUGGGCCUCGAAAAUCGAUGAUUUUUUCGAAGACGAGAAAAAACAGCCAUGGUCGUCCUGAGUUUUUUAGGCCCAUUGGAACUCUUUUUCCCCAUUUCCUUCUGUAUUUCCCCCAAUUGCAAAAUUCUUUUGUGAUAUUUCUACACGUCAUCUUGUACUGCGUCGUACAGAAUUGAUUGGGGGAAGUUGUUUCCACGAAGUACAGCUUCGUUACCGUGCGGAUCUUUUUUAUUGGGUCCUACCCACUGCGUAUCUUUCAUCUGAUUGGGCACUGGAUUCUGCACCUCCGACUAUUUUUCCGCGCUGGAAUUCACCAUCGAUGACGGAUGAGUGCACUGAACCAAUAAAAUCUAUUUGCAUUCCAAUCUGUUUUUGUGUUGCCCGGCUUUCUAUCGAAAAUGAUGCUCUCCUGCUAGUGUACAACCUGGCUUCAACAUUUGAAAAGACAGCUUACCGUACGAAUUGGCAAUUCGCUCUGUUGUCAACAAAUGUGAAAUACAUGCAAGGAUAUCGGACUGGGAAAGAGACAGAGGCCGUUUUGUAGGAGUCACAAGCACCGCGAAGAAUCACGAGAAAAGUGGCACAAACAAUAUUCACUCACAUGAUAAUACUUGCAAUCUUUUUCACAUGUCCCGCAAUCUUUAUUUCAAUUGACCUCUCUAAAAGGAACCACGAAUAACUUGUGGACAGCAACAGAUAAUGUUUCCCCAUUCGAAGUCUUUUGGGGUAAGAAACAACCUUGAAAAUAUUCUUCGCAGUCCUAACAUAUCUCAAGGGUAGAAAUGAGUUCGAUUUUCCUAAUUUUUCCUCACUUGGUUGCGUUUUGUCUUUGUAGAAUGUGUUGACGUUCACUCCACCGGGUUUCAAACAGACAUUGAACGUCAAGUUUCCGGACUCUCGAUUGCCCGUGUGCCGUUCUUGUAAGAAGAAUUUUAAAACAAAAGAUAAUUGCAGAGUGCGGAAUCAACAUACCCGUCCACCAUGGACUACCGCGUACAUUUGCAUGACAAUAGAUGAGUCGUGCACCGACGAAAGUGGCAAAUACGUCGAUAAGCCAUUUGUUGUUCGAAUGGUGCAAUGUCGACCCUUUUGCGGAAUAGAAGAUUUUCCACCCAAGUCCAAGGUUCCUGUGUGUUCCACAUGUAAAAAAACAAACCGAACGAGAUCAUUCUGUAGAGACCGACACAAACACCGGAAACUACCUUGGUGCACUGUUUACGUUAUGUUGAGCACACAGGAAUCUGCAGAUCCUUCGACGGUGUCUGCCGCCCCGAGUACAAAAUUUGAGGGGCCUAGAGACGAAAAUACCAUGAGAAAGACGAACACUCUGGACUCGUCAACGGCAGCCAUUCAGAACUGUGAAAAUAUUUCCGUCGAACAAAAUACAGAAGUUGGAAAAACCAAGGAUAGUGGGAGUGACUUUGAUAUCAAUGACAUCCCUGAAAGCAGGACCAUGCUCAUUCAGAUUAAUGACGAAUCAAUCGUGAUGAACUGGCUAAAACGUUUGCCAGAAGAUGAGAGUUCUUCAAGAGGUGUUUGGGCGCCCCAGCCUCAGGUUGCUACGCAAGAGCAAAAAUGUUCAUUGGCAGGCACAGCAAUUAUUCAGGGCGCUCAAGGUCCUAACUUACCUCAUGCUCCCGUUGCACCUUCCACUGUACGAAUACCGAAGAGAGAAGCAGAUUCAUUGUUUCUCCAUCCUCCAACGGCGUCUUCGCUCGAUUCAUACAACCGUCACUCUGUAGGUCCAGCCAACCUUGCUGAUGGUCAAUCAAUAUCAACAUACCACGGUACAAGAAAAAGAAACGAGCCAUCGCAUCAUCCGUAUCCCUAUAAUCCAUUGACACCAUUACACAAGGAUACAGCAGUGCCACCUCAAUAUACCAGUCAUUUAUGGCCUUACCCCAAUACUGCAAUACCUUCUCAUUCUGCAUCACACCCACAUCCAUACGUCACAGUACCGGAGAGCCCGAUUUCUCCCGCACCGGACAUUGCCUCACCAGGAGCUACGAGCAGAGGAUCUCCGCGAUCCCCCACGGUAACAGCUGGAGAAGCAGCUGCGAUGCGUCGGAAAAAACCUCGUCGCGAGUUUGAACCGGAUGGCAAGCAUGAGUCACAACGUCUGGAUCUCAGUCCGUCACCGCCAGUUUCAACCGUACCUCAACUGCAGCGCCCACUUGGAAGUUACAGUCAGGUUCCGAUCGCAUCCGGACACCCGCCUGCUGGACCACCACCAAUGCAUCCUUCACAACAUCACUCAAGUCAGGUACAGUCGGAACAACAACCGUGGAUGGCUUAUCAUCCAAUGUACCAGCCGCAGCUGCAACCGAUGGGUAUUCAAUAUUACAACGACCCAACAAACAUGGCUCUCCGUACUCCUGAAAAUAAUUCCCGGAGCUUGCAACAUAACGAUGAGUCACCAAACAAUGUGACAAUGACCCCAGGCCCAGGAGAUGGAGGCGGGGACCACGACUCAGACGAUAACGAUUUCAAUCGACGGUCCUUACAUUGACAAAUGAAAAGCCAUAUAUUGGCGGCAUUACGAAGCACGCACCAAAUGAGAAUGGCAUCAAGUCCGAUCGCAAUCAGCACAGAUGAUGUUAUGUUCUAAUGCUGACUGAUGCGAAGUGCGUUAGAUCAAAACAUAAUCCAUCCGAUGAAUCCCACGAGGCAGUUUUAGCAACGAGGAAAACAAAAAAUUGGUAAAUUCACACUGAAUUUCAUUAAUUUCUAGGGGGGGAAAGUAUCCGAUUGAUAGACAGCUAAUCAUGAACCAAGAUGCUACAAGGAUUACCACGGAUAAAUUACACGAACCAUAAAAUAAUAAUAGAUACAAAUGCAGGAU